UUAAUCCGGGCAGGGAUGACAUCAUUACCGAGGAAGAGGGGGGCGCCGGGUAACGCCAUUUUCACGCACCGCGCAGUCAGUCAGUCAUCCAGCCAGCGGACUAGCGAGCUGUCAUCUUCACGGGCGACUAGUCAACUUUUCAUUUAGCCCCAUGAAGCCCCUCUUAAGUUAGUUUUACGGAAUUGUUCCUGCCAUGGAACCAAAGGAAAACAGGCUUUUCUUGUAUGGCUCCGAGUAAAGCCAGUGUUUUGACAGUUAGGUUGGCUAGCUAUGUAGCUAGCUGGUCACCAUAAACGGCGGUUGAUGCAGUGAAGACCAGCGUCAGUCGGCAGAACAUAUUCCAUCCGGACACAGUUUGGAAAUUUUGUUUUAUAACUUAAAUAUUUUUUUUUACAUUUAUCAGCAAGUGUUGUCUGUCAACGCAACAACACCUCCAUUCAAAAAAGACGUGAUUUAGACGGUAAAAAAGGCGAGGAAAACGGACGUUACGGUGAAGCUACAUUGGCAACGGAUGUUCCAGAGAACGGAUGCGUGAGGACAUGUCCACCAUGGUGUGUGUGAAGGAGGAGGAGGACCCUGGGGAGAAGCUGUCCCAGGAUGAGAUCAUCUCCCGGACCAAGCAGGUGAUCCAGGGGUUGGAGGCCCUGAAGCAGGAGCACCACUCCAUCCUGGGGGGCCUGCUGGGCACGCUGCGCUGCCUGAAGCAGGACGAGGAGGGCGUCCUGGUGGAGGAGAAGUCCCACAUGAUCCGCAAGUCCCUGGAAAUGCUGGAGCUCGGGCUGAGCGAGGCACAGGUGAUGAUGGCGCUGUCGAGCCACCUGAGCUCGGUGGAGUCGGAGAAGCAGAAGCUCCGGGCCCAGGUCCGCCGGCUCUGCCAGGAGAACCAGUGGCUAAGGGACGAGCUGGCCGGGACGCAGCAGAAACUGCAGAAGAGCGAGCAGAGUGUCGCCCAGCUGGAGGAGGAGAAGAAGCACCUGGAGUUCAUGAACCAGCUGAAGAAGUACGACGAGGACUUGUCCCCAUCUGAGGAUAAGGACUCUGAUUCCACUAAAGAGACUCUGGACGAUCUCUUCCCAGAUGACCAGGACGACCAAGCCCCAGGCAUCCAGCCGACCCACGGCAGUGCUGCGGCGGCUGCUGCCCAGCAGGGAGGCUAUGAGAUCCCAGCCCGUCUGAGGACCCUCCACAACCUGGUGAUCCAGUACGCGUCGCAGGGCCGGUACGAGGUGGCUGUGCCACUCUGCAAACAGGCCCUGGAAGACCUGGAGAAGACCUCUGGACAUGACCACCCAGACGUGGCCACCAUGCUAAAUAUUCUAGCCCUUGUUUACAGGGAUCAGAACAAAUAUAAGGAGGCAGCCAACCUGCUGAAUGAUGCUCUGGCCAUCAGGGAGAAGACUCUAGGCAGGGACCACCCAGCUGUUGCUGCCACCCUCAAUAACCUGGCUGUCCUGUAUGGGAAGAGAGGAAAGUACAAGGAAGCAGAGCCCCUGUGCAAGAGAGCGCUGGAGAUCAGAGAAAAGGUGCUGGGGAAGGACCACCCAGAUGUGGCCAAGCAGCUGAACAACCUGGCCCUGCUGUGUCAGAACCAGGGCAAGUACGACGAGGUGGAAUACUACUACAUGAGAGCGCUGGACAUCUACCAGACCAAACUGGGCCCUGACGACGCCAACGUGGCCAAGACCAAGAACAACCUGGCGUCCUGUUACCUGAAGCAGGGCAAGUUCAAGCAGGCUGAAACUCUGUAUAAAGAGAUCCUCACCCGCGCUCACGAGAGGGAGUUUGGCUCUGUUGAUGAUGAGAACAAACCAAUAUGGAUGCAUGCUGAGGAGAGAGAGGAACAAAGCAAGGGGAAGCAGAAGGACGGCUCCCCAUUUGGAGAAUAUGGAGGCUGGUACAAAGCCUGCAAAGUCGACAGCCCCACAGUGACCACCACCCUGAAGAACCUCGGCGCCCUCUACAGGCGCCAGGGCAAGUUUGAGGCGGCCGAAACUCUCGAGGAGGCUGCCAUGCGUUCCAGAAAGCAGGGUCUGGACACUGUGCAUAAGCAGCGCGUGGCGGAGGUCCUGAGCGAGCCGGAGGCCCGUGAGAAGCAGCGAAGCCGCGAGAGUUUGACCUCUGACACGGUGAAGUACGAAAGUGGGCCGGACGGUGGCGAGGAAGUGAGUAUGAGCGUGGAGUGGAACGGGGACGGCUCGGGCUCUCUGAAGAGGAGCGGCUCCUUCAGUAAACUGCGAGCGUCGAUCCGUCGCAGCAGCGAGAAACUGGUCCGCAAGCUGAAAGGCGGCGGUUCGUCCCAAAACAGCGAGCCCAAAAACCCCGGCAUGAAGCGAGCCAGCUCUCUGGGGGUUCUUAACGUGGCGGACAAGGCUGCGACUGACCACUACCAAGAACGAAAUAAUCGUCUGAGGAAGAGUCGCGACCUGAGUGCCAGCCACGCUGACCUGGCGCGUUGAAGGUUUAUCUGACCGUGGUGGGGAGGGGGGGGGUGAAGGCCGAAGCCUGAGAGGUCACUUCCUGUCCACAGCCUCCUCACUGUAAACAGCCUCCCACGUUCUACUUCAGCAUCACACCACCAAGUGCCCCGCUGUACAGGUCUCACGGUUUCACUGCACUUUCUGAAACUUUGUGGCAUUUUUUGUUUUCAACACACAUCGAGGAACAAGAGCAAGAUGAACAUGCAGUACAGUGACUUGCUGUGUGUUUGUGGUUUGAGUGUGUAUCUUUUGAUUUGUAUGUGCGUGUACUGUAUGUACUGUAAGUGUGUGCUGGUGUGAGUGACUGUCCUCUCAAAUCAAUAUUUAAUGCUACAGCUUGAAUGAAGGCAGAUGCAGAGUGGAGAUUUUGUUUUACAGACACUUCUCUCAGAACUCAUUGGUCCAGUUAAACUGUUGUGGAUGAAGCCAAAGACGAGCUUGAGUUGUUUUAGCUACGUGACGUCACACUGAAGGAAGCCUAGACCAGCAUGAAACCUGCUGCAAACCAUUUUGGACUCCAAUUUCUCUUGAAUUUCUAAAAUAAUAGUCUUGCAUUUUCAGACCUUCCUCCACAGCGCUGCAGAGGAGGGUCUGGUCCACACAGAAUUCUGGGACGGGAGAAAAA